AUGCGCGGCGAAGACGCGAAGAUGAACGCCGCGGACGCGCAGGGAUGGACCGCGCUGCACGUCGCGUGUUCCUCCGGCGGCGGCGGCGGCGACGCCGACGACGGCGACGCCGCCGCCGCCGCCGCGGCGCGCGAGAGGCUCGCGAUCGUGCGCGAGCUCUUGGACGCCGGCGCGGAUCCCACGGCGAGGCACUCCGCGGGGUUCUCCCCGCUGCACCUCGCGUGCAUGCACGGCGCGCACGAGAUCGCGAAGGAGCUCCUCAAGCCGCCGACCGCGACGCGCCCGAAGUGCGGGCCCGGGUUGACGCGGCACCGCACCGCGCACGGGCUGUCACCGCUGAUGCUCGCGCUUCAGAUGGCGCCGAACAGCGGCGUCGCCGCGGAGCUGACGCGCGUCGCGACGGAGGCGUCGUCUUCGUCUUCGGCUUCGUCUUCGUCUUCGCGCGGCGACGGCGGCGGCGGCGUAUGCGGCGGCGGGCACGGGUCGUAUUACGCGUCGCUCGACGCCGAGGCGAAGGAGGACGCGCGGAUGCUCAAGUGGACGGCGAUCCGAGCGAAGAUCAAAGAUAAGGUGCGUUCUAUACACUGGUUCCCAUACGACCGCGUUCGCGUGGUGAACGCCGAUCCUUAA